GGCUGGUCCUAAUAGUGAUUGGAAGGAAAGAACAGUGGCCUAAUUAUUGGUGCCAAUAAGCCGCCAGAAUAGUUACCUCCAUGUGAUUGCCAUACAAAAAAUGUUAAGUUCUAAACACCCAGAGACUUUACCAGCAUCGCCGGCCUUCCUAAUCCGGAUCUUGCAGGUGCGACUGCGAGAUCGGAAGCUCAGCCUGCUUGAGCAAGAUCCAUGGCUUCCGACCAGACGGUGCACAUGAAUGGAGGACAAGGGGAGACAAGCUAUGCUCGCAACUCAAGUCUACAGAACGCUGAGCAGAACAGGGUGAGGCCCCUUAUAGAGGAGGCCAUCGCCGAUCUACUCAGCGCCAGCGCCUCCUUGCCCAGAAGCAUGGUGGUCGCGGACCUGGGAUGUUCCUCCGGCCCAAACGCGCUCGCUUUGGUGUCGAUCUGCGUUGACGCCAUCCGCAGCCAGCGUCUUCGUUCCCGGCAGCCACCGGUAGAAGUCUGCGUCUUCCUCAACGAUCUUCCUGACAACGACUUCAACAUGGUGGUGAAGAGUUUGGUCACGUUCCAGCAAAGCCACAAGUCGGUCGUUACCGGUGUUAUGCCAGGGUCAUUCUACGGGAGGCUCUUCACCAGUGGCUCCUUGCAUCUCGUCUGCUCGGCCAAUAGCCUGCACUGGCUCUCUGAGGCUCCUGAAGAACUGAGGAGGAACAAGAUCCCGGCAUACGACAUCGACGAGCAUGUCAGGCGAGGAAGACGGAGUGUGGUCAUUGGAGCCUACGCACGGCAGUUCAGGAAAGAUUUCACCCUUUUCCUUGAGCUGAGAGCCAAAGAAUUGGUCGCGGGGGGUCGAUUGGUUGUUUCCCUCGCGGGGAGGCGCUCUGAAGAACCUGCUGCUGAAUCCACUCAUGCCUGGGAAUCAGUGGCUCUUAUAUUAAGUGAGAUGACCUCAAAGGGCAUGGUUAACAGAGCAAAGUUUGAUAGUUUCUACAUACCGAUAUACGGACCUUCGGAUGUAGAGCUGAGGGAAAUCAUUCAAGCGGAGGGUUCGUUUUCGAUAAGAGAGAUGCAAGUGCAUGAGCCUACAAGCAAUGUGGAAAGCACUCUGAUCUCCCCGAGCAAGAUAGCCAAUCUGUUAAGAGCUGGAUUUGAGCCGAUAAUAGUCCAGCAUUUUGGGUCGUCUGAAGAGAUCAUGGAUGGAUUUGUGAGGGCUGCGGAACAACGUUGGAGCCGGCAUGGCAGCUUGGAAGAGGAGAUGGCUGGAAACCCCAGAGUUAUGUUGGUUGUGUCUCUAAAAUUGAAUGUAUAACAUGUUAACACAUGCGUAACAGCUUUCUUCGGAGAAUGUAUAUGUGCUAUUUUUUCUAUUUA